CCCCGUCCAUGGGACCGUGUCCUAAGGAACUCCCUAACGGCGAGUAUCCUUCUCCGGUGAACUUCUGCUUGCAAGGUCUCAUUAUCACAAUAAAAGAACUGUAGAAUGCUAUCCAGAAUGUCGUCCAAAACAAAGGAGUGCUUAGGCGUUAAAUGGAAAUGGGCUCAAUCAUUAUUUUCUUGGCCAGGCAAUUAGUUAUUAUGAAGUCAUAGUGCCUCUGGUUGAUGUUCUUGAGCUGAGAUGGAACGGAACAGGGCAAGAUACGAAGGCAAUUACAGCAGGGGAAGAACACAUGGUGGUCGAUUCAGAAAUGGAAGAGCCAAUCUGAAUCAACCCAUCUACAACCAACGACAGGAUGAUGGUACGACAGACAAAUUUCCUUCCCAUACUCAGCAACCUCCAAAUUCUAGUUUCCCAAGACAACAUAAUAAUCGGAGGCCCUCAUCGUCCUAUCUCAAUUCAGGUGAAUCUCAGGGGCCUUCAAACAACUUCAUAAAUAAUUCAAACAAAUAUAGAGGGCAAGGGCACGAAAACUCCCAUCCCCCUUCACUGGAUACAAGUACGGUAUUAACUAAUGCAGAUUUAGAAGAGGAAGAUAGUCAACGGCGGCCAUUCUUAACUGGCACUUGUCCUGAUAUGUGUCCCGCCAAGGAGCGUACUCAAAGAGAGCAGCUCAGAGAUUUGGCAGUUUUUGAAAGGCUGAAUGGGAACCCACACAAGACAUCUGCUAAACUCGCUGUGAAAAAGUUUUGCAGGACUAUCUCAAUUUCAGAAAUUCAAACAUCUGAUAUACGCCCUCUUCCAGUGCUAUUGACUGCAAUGGAAUAUUUGUUGGAACUUGUUGACACCUCAGAACAUGCAUUUGCGGUUGUGCAUGACUUCGUGUUUGAUCGUACACGUGCAAUCCGCCAGGAGCUAAUGAUGCAAAAUAUCACUAGCCACGAAGCAAUCAUUAUGCAUGAACAAAUGGUUAGAUUUCACAUUCUGUCACAGCACAAGCUUUAUCAAUUAAGCAGCAACGAGGAUACAUCUAUGCUUCACUUGAACUUUGAACAGCUAUCCAAAUGUCUCAGAUCUCUUCUUGAUCUUUACAAUGCCAAUAUGAAGAGCUCUUCUGAAGCUGGAUGUCAAGCAGAAUUCAAUUCUUACUAUGUUCUUGCUAAUAUGAGAUCGCACAGUUUACCACAGCAGGGGGAGUCACUUUCUUUGUGGUUUCAGACUGUAAGACCAACAUUACUGAAGUCGAAAGAGAUGAAAUUUGCAAGGAAUGUAUUAAGGUGUUAUCAUAUGGGAAAUUUCAAGGGUUUCUUUACUCUUGCCAGGGAAGCAACAUAUCUUGAAGCAUGCCUUAUGGAAUGCUACUUUAAUGAGGUCCGUGCACAAGCAGUUGCAUGCAUCAAUCAUAGCAGCUACAAAUUGAGCCCAUUCCCGUUGUGUGACCUUGCAGGAUUACUUAUGAUGACUGAAUCUGACACGGAGGACUUCUGCAAUUUGUGUGGGCUUGCAACAAGCACUGAUGACAGAGGAUUUAAGUCUCUCAUUGUAAAACAAUUCAAUUUUAGUUUUCCUGAAAAAGGAUCUCCAUACUACAAUUGUCCUAUUAUAGAAGGAAAAUUAGAUUCUUCCUAUUGCUUAGAAAUUAGGAAGAAGAAAUUGAGCUUGCAGUAAUAUGUAUACAUUAGUAACGGCAGCAGCAUUUCAUUUAUGUUAUUACCAAUAAUUGUAACAUGGAGAUCAAGUUUAAACGAUAUGAACACAAUUGCUAAUUUCUACUUGAAUUAAAAUGUCAGGAGAAGGUACUUGGCAUCGCUUUUGGCUAUCA